AUGUCUAAAAAUAAAUUAGAUAAAAAUUUAUUAUUAGAAAUAAAUAAAAUAAUAGAAAAUAUUAAAACUAAUAAAGUUUUAGAAGAUAUUACUCAAAUUUCAGAACAAAAUGAUUAUAAUUAA